GGUUUAGGGAUUCAGCCACAAAAUGGCUGAAACACGAGAAAGUGUGAGCCGUGUGGCUCAAAAAUGUGAAUAAACAAUGAUGUUGGUGAAGUUUGUAAACAUUUGUCGGGACGUACGUUUAUGCGAAAUCACUGCGUUAAAUCUAGCACGCUGUCCGUUGUGAGAGAGCUCCGUGUCGAGGAUGACGUCCAUCAUCAAGUUGACGGCUGUGUCCGGGGUGCAGGAGGAGUCCGCUCUCUGCUACCUGUUACAGGUGGACGAGUUCCGCUUCCUGCUGGACUGUGGCUGGGACGAGAGCUUCUCCAUGGACAUCAUAGAUGCGAUGAAAAGGUAUGUCCAUCAGGUCGAUGCGGUGCUUCUGUCCCAUCCAGAUCCACUUCAUCUCGGCGCUUUGCCUUAUGCUGUUGGCAAACUGGGUCUCAACUGUGCCAUCUAUGCCACUAUCCCAGUGUAUAAGAUGGGUCAGAUGUUCAUGUACGACCUCUAUCAGUCUCGUCACAACACUGAGAACUUCGCCUUGUUCACUCUGGAUGAUGUGGACUCGGCUUUCGACAAGAUCCAGCAGUUGAAAUACUCUCAGAUUGUGAAUCUGAAAGGUAAAGGACACGGUUUGUCCAUCACUCCUCUCCCUGCGGGUCACAUGCUCGGUGGGACCAUUUGGAAAAUCGUAAAGGAUGGAGAAGAGGAGAUUAUUUAUGCGGUGGAUUUCAAUCACAAGAGAGAAAUUCAUCUGAACGGUUGUUCCCUUGAGGCGGUCAGUCGUCCCUCCCUGCUCAUCACUGACUCCUUCAAUGCCACUUACGUUCAGCCUCGCAGGAAACAGCGUGAUGAGCAGCUCCUGACAAACAUCAUGGAAACGCUGCGUAAUGACGGCAAUGUGCUGAUAUCAGUGGACACUGCAGGCCGUGUGCUGGAGCUUGCUCAGCUGCUGGAUCAGAUCUGGAGGACGAAGGACGCGGGAUUGGGCGUCUAUUCUCUCGCCUUGCUCAACAAUGUCAGCUAUAACGUGGUGGAGUUCUCAAAGUCUCAGGUAGAGUGGAUGAGCGACAAGCUGAUGCGAUGCUUCGAAGACAAGCGCAACAACCCAUUCCAGUUCCGCCAUCUGUCUUUGUGCCAUAGUUUAGCAGAUUUGGCGCGAGUGCCAAGUCCCAAAGUGGUACUGUGUAGCCAGCCUGAUCUGGAGUCUGGGUUCUCACGUGAGCUUUUCAUCCAGUGGUGCCAGGACUCCAAAAACUCCAUCAUCCUGACGUAUCGCACCACGCCGGGCACAUUAGCACGCUACCUUAUAGACCAUCCCGGAGAGAAGAUGAUCGAUUUAGAGAUUAGAAAAAGGAUCAAGCUGGAAGGCAAGGAGCUGGAGGAGUAUCUGGAGAAGGAGAAAAUAAAGAAAGAAACUGCAAAAAAACUGGAACAAGCGAAAGAGGUGGACGUGGACUCGAGUGACGAAAGUGAUAUGGAUGAUGAUCUGGAGCAGCCUGCCGUAGUCAAGACCAAACAUCAUGAUCUGAUGAUGAAAGGUGAAGGAGGGCGCAAGGGAAGCUUCUUCAAACAGGCCAAGAAGUCAUACCCUAUGUUCCCCACUCAUGAGGAGAGGAUUAAGUGGGAUGAGUACGGAGAGAUCAUAAGACCUGAGGACUUCCUGGUUCCUGAACUGCAGGCCACAGAGGAGGAGAAGAGCAAGCUGGAGUCAGGCCUGGCAAACGGAGAUGAACCCAUGGAGCAGGACCUUUCUGACGUCCCCACUAAGUGCAUAUCCAUCAAAGAGACUCUAGAAAUCAGAGCUCGAGUCACUUACAUAGACUACGAGGGCCGUUCAGAUGGAGAAUCCAUUAAGAAGAUUAUAAACCAGAUGAAGCCUCGGCAGCUGGUUAUCGUUCGCGGACCUCCAGAAGCUAGUCAGGACCUGGCCGAGUCAUGCAAGGCCUUCAGUGGGAAAGAUAUCAAAGUUUAUACACCCAAACUGCAGGAGACGGUGGACGCCACAAGCGAAACACACAUCUACCAGGUGAGACUGAAGGACUCUUUAGUCAGCUCUCUGCAGUUCUGCAAGGCCAAAGACACGGAACUGGCUUGGAUCGAUGGCGUGCUGGACAUGCGCGUGGUGAAGGUGGACACCGGUGUACUGCCAGAGGACGGAGACACCAGGGAUGACACGGAGGACGGAGAAAUCACCAUGGACGUGACCCCAGACCUCAUGACUGAGCCCAGCACCGUCGCAACGCAGCGGGCCAUGAAGACACUGUUCGGAGAGGACGAGAAGGAGAUCUCAGAGGAGAGUGAUGUCAUCCCUACACUGGAACCGUUGCCCCCCACUGAGACUCCAGGUCACCAGGCUGUGUUCAUUAACGAGCCAAGGCUGUCAGACUUUAAGCAGGUUCUGCUGCGUGAGGGGAUCCAGGCCGAGUUUGUGGGAGGAGUGCUCGUCUGUAAUAACAUGGUGGCUGUGCGCAGGACGGAAGCAGGCCGGAUCGGACUGGAGGGCUGCAUGUGUGAGGAUUACUACAGGAUUCGGGAGCUGCUGUAUCAGCAGUAUGCCGUGGUGUAGCGCCGCUCCUUGGCUCUAAUCUGCUCUACUGGGACCUACAUAUCCUAAUUCCUUUGUUUUGUUUUUUUUGUAGUUUGUGUUUAUUUCUUGUUUACCUACGCUGUGUGGCAGAUGCUGUCCCUGAGUCACUCUCAGUAUGAGCGUGCUCACUAAGACAUUGCAGGUUCUGAGAUCGGUCCUGAACUCUGAACAUGACGUUGAAAGCAUUGAGAAAACAUUUGAUUAUUUGUGUUGUUUUUUUCAUCUUUUGUUGUCUAAUGAUAAACAUUUAGUUUUUCUGAAAUGAAGAGUUUUAUGUCCAUAUUUAUUCUUUCUGCAGAAGCAAGUGAGAUGUUAGGGGUUUGUGGGUGUGUUGAUUUUGCUCUGUUAUAUCCACACAGCAGAUGGAGCCAUUUUGACCCAAUGUUACCAUUUGACCAUAGAUCAGUGUGCACUUUAAAACCUCAUACGCUCUCACUAGCACUAAGCUGCACAAUCAAUCAGCUCAGAAGACACCGCAGACCAGUAUUAUGUGUGUGUUUAUUUUUAUAUAUAAACCUGCUUGGAAUCCUAGGUUGGAGUGGGUUUCAAACCUGCUCAUUCAUGCAAUUAUCAGUGUAAAAAAAUAUAAAUCAGAGUAGCAUGUCAAUCCUUUAAAUGAGUGGGCUAUAACAAUGUGUGUAUAGUGUAAAUACACUUUUGGUAGGUUGCCAGGUUAACAGUUAAUUUGCUAGCUAGCUCACCCUUUUCUAAAUGUCAAAAUUCACAGCUUUGUUUCCUUUCAAAUAAAUUCUAGACACAACUAAUAUCAACCUGGUUUUAUAAAAACCACACAGACAGACCUAUGUCCGACUAAUUUUGAUCAAAGUUAAAUGUGAUGUCAUCAUAUUGAAAAAUAAAGUUGUAAGCAGACAACUAAAAAGUGAAACAUUUGGUUGGACAGUACCAACAAUAUAAGAAAAACAGGAAACGGUUCCACAGUCUUCCAUCAAAUACUGAUUGAUUGUGCGUGGUCACAGUGAACUUAGAA